AUGCUGUUCAAGUUGGCCUUUGCCACACUCGUCCUCGUCCUUGUUGGCGCCGUAAAUGGUAUGCCUCUUGACAAGCGCGCUGGCUGCUCAAAGUACGUCGUCAUCGAUACCCGUGGUACUGGUGAGCUUCAGGGUCCCUCUGCUGGCUUCCUUGCUAUGAACCAGCGUAUUUUCUCCACUGUUCCAGGCGGGUCCAGUUACCACACUGUCUACACUUCAGACUUUACUCAAAACUCGGCCGCCGGUACCGCCGACAUUAUCCGCAAGGUGCAAUCUACGCUUGCCUCUGACCCCAGAACCUGCUUUGUCCUCGAGGGCUAUUCACAGGGCGCUGCUGCUACCGUCAACGCUAUGCCAAGACUCACCGGUGCCAACUUUAACGCUGUGAAAGGAGUUAUUCUAAUCGGUAAUCCCCAGCACAAACCUAAUCUCGCUUGCAAUGUCGAUGGUAACGGUGGCAAAGCCACCGCGGCCGCAAGUGGCAUUUCUUACUACGGCUUCGGAGGGGUCCCAGCCAGCUGGGUCUCCAAGACCCUCGACAUCUGCAUCUACGGCGAUGGUGUCUGUGACCGAUCCUCCGGCAUUGGUAUCACUGCUCAGCACCUUCAGUACCUGAGCAGCUCCAGUGUGCAGAACAUGGGUGCCACCUUUGCCAUCAAGGCUCUGCGCGCGUGA